CUGUGACCCCGCCCCCCGUGUUUUCCCGCGGUUCCUGUGACCCCGCCCCCGGUGUUUUCCCGCGGUUUCUGUGACCCCGCCCCCCGUGUUUUCCCGCGCUGGCGCUGAGGGAGCCGAUAAUGGCGGUGUUUGCGGGCGGUGUGCCGUGGCGAUGGCUGGGCCUGGCCGGUCUGGUUCUGACUCUCAGCCUGGAGGCCGUGGCGCGGUAUGUCCGGGGGAGGCGGCGGCCGCUGUGUGAGGUGUUGUUUUUCCCGGUCCCGGUGACCUGCCCGGAGCCCGCGCUCUCCCCCGGCCUGAGCUGCCCCUGCCCGCUCCCCCACACCGACAGCGCCCUCUCCCGCCUCCUCCGCCGGAUCCUGGCGGCCCAGCGCAGCCUGGAGCUCUGCGUGUUCACCGUGUCCUGCGCUCCGCUGGCCCGGGCCGUCCUCCAGCUCCACCUCCGCGGGGUCCGCGUCCGCGUCAUCACCGACAGCGACUACAUGGCGGCCUCGGGCUCCCAGAUAGGGGCCCUCCGGAGUGCGGGUGAGGGGCCCGUGUGUAUAAUGUGACCUACUACUACACCCCUCACUUCCUCUCAUCCCAUAUCCAUUAUAUCACCUCAAUUACCUCAUUAUAUCACCUCAACUACCUCAUAUCACCUCCCUGACCCUCAACUACCUCAUUAUAUCACCUCCCUGACCCUCAAUUACCUCAUUAUAUCACCGCCCUGACCCUCAAUUACCUCAUUAUAUCACCGCCCUGACCCUCAAUUACCUCAUUAUAUCACCGCCCUGACCCUCAAUUACCUCAUUAUAUCACCGCCCUGACCCUCAAUUACCUCAUUAUAUCACCGCCCUGACCCUCAAUUACCUCAUUAUAUCACCCCUGACCCUCAAUUACCUCAUUAUAUCACCGCCUCUGACCCUCAAUUACCGCCUGACUCAUUAUAUCACCGCCUGACCCUCACUACCUCAUUAUAUCACCGCCCUGACCCUCAACCUUACCUCAUUAUAUCACCGCCCUGACCCUCAAUUACCUCAUUAUAUCACCUCCCUGACCCACAAUUACCUCAUUAUAUCACCGCCCUGACCCACAAUUACCUCAUUAUAUCACCGCCCUGACCCACAAUUACCUCAUUAUAUCACCGCCCUGACCCUCAAUUACUGCCCUGACCCUCAAUUACCUCAUUAUAUCACCGCCCUGACCCACAAUUACCUCAUUAUAUCACCGCCCUGACCCACAAUUACCUCAUUAUAUCACCGCCCUGACCCUCAGUUAAACCAAUAUAUCACCGCCCUGACCCUCAGUUAACCCAAUAUAUCACCGCCCUGACCCUCAGUUAACCCAAUAUAGCAUCCUCUCUUUUCACCAGAUACUUCUUAAUUAAAUCCUCUCUCUACCACAGGUUCUCCUUUAUUACCCCAUUAUCACCCUGUCCAAUAUACUCCUUAAUAACUCAAUGACACACAUAUCACCAGAAGAUAUAACUGCCUUCUCAGAUACCUCCUCCUGCCCUAAUACUUUUAAAUGUCCCCUUUACAUCUCCAGUGUCUAAUAUACAUGGCAUACCACAUUACAUAAACUGCCUAGUUCAAAAUCUGCUUCACAGACUAAAUGCUUUCCAACUGCAAUAUCCCAACAUAUAACCCUUUUCACUGGCCCUGAUAUGUAACUAUCCCAAAUUCAUGGAGUAAAACAUUUUAGAAUAAUUCCACUUAAGGUCAGUAAUUAACUUUUGGUGUUUUUAUAUACCAAAACACUAAUAAUGGAGUGGUAGCUACUUAACCCCUUAAGGACCAAACUUCUGGAAUAAAAGGGAAUCGUCACAUGUCAUGUGUCCUUAAGGGGUUAAAGCGACACUGUAGUCACCAGAACUGCUACAGUUUAGUGCAGGCAUAGGCAACCUUCGGCACUUCAGAUGUUUUGGACUACAUCUCCCAUUAAGCUUUUCCAGCAUUAUGGGUGAUGUAGUCCACAACAUCUGGAGUGCCGAAGGUUGCCUAUCACUGGCUUAGUGUGUUCAGAGAAAAUGCAGUGUUCACAUUAAAGGCCUAGUGAAACAUCCACUGGCCACUCCUUAGAUGGCUGCUAAAGCUGCUUCAUUGGGCAGUGCUGCAGAGUAAGCAGCACUGCCAUUCAGUGUCUCCACCCUCUGCAUGCAGACUGAACUUUCCUCAUAGAGAUGCAUUGAUCCAAUUCAUCUCUAUGAUGAGAUGCUGAUUAGCCAGGGUUGUGUUUGACUUGUGCUGGCUCUGCCCCUGAUUUGCCUCAGACUAUCACUUCUGAUGAUGUCAGCAGACAUGGGCAAAGCAAGCGGUAACAUGCUUAAAUACAAGUAAGAUUUUACUAUAGUUAAGAAGGUGGGUGGCUAGAUGGUGGUUUUAACACAAUAGGGUCAGGAAUAUAUAUGUUUGUUCCUGAUCCUAUAGUGUUCCUUUAACUGUUAGGAGAUGAUCCCCAACUAUUCAACCUCCUAAGCCUAAUUCUGAUUCCAGGAAAUGCUGACUUUUAAAUGCUAACCAUGGACAUACUAAACAUUUGCUGAUAAACCACUACUCCGAUUUAAGGAAAAACAAACUCAACAUUGGACAUGCACUUAACCCCUUAAGGACGCAGCUUCAGAAGCUGGACAUACCCUUAAAGGACAACUAUAGUGCCCUGAGGGUGCCCCCACCCUCAGGGUCCUUCUCCCGCCGGGCUCUGAGGAGAGGAAGGGGUUAAAAUCUUACCUUUCUCCAGCGCCAGGUGGGGAGCUCUCCUCCUUCAUAGUGACGUCAUCGGCUGAAUGCGCAUGCGCGGCAGGAGCCGUGCGCGCAUUCAGCCAAUUCAUAGGAAAGCAUUUACAAUGCUUUCCUAUGGACGCUGGCGUCUUGGCACGCAAGCGCCUCUAGCGGCUGUCAAUGAGACAGCCACUAGAGGCUGGAUUAACCCUAAUAUAAACAUAGCAGUUUCUCUUAAACUGCUAUGUUUAUAAAAAAAAAAAGGGUUAACCCUAGCUGGGCUUGGCACCCAGACCACUUCAUUAAGCUGAAGUGGUCUGGGUGCCUAUAAUGGUCCUUUAAGGACUCAAGCUACUUUUGCAUUUUUUGCUGAUUGUGUUCAACUGCAAUUUGCAUCGCUCUCAUUUAUUGUAUCAACACAUAUUAUUAUAUAUCGUUUUUUAAAGGACAAAAUGGGCUUUACUUUGAUAUGACUUAUACAUAUAUAAAAUCUAAUUUAUUAUUUAAAAAAAUAUAUAUAUUUUUUUCACAGUUUUGGCAAUAAUAGUGUGUGCAUAAUAUGUCCAGCUUAGGAAAAGUAAUUCAAAAUAAAUUCAUUUAGGUGUCUUGUUUUUCAAAGUGCAUAAUAUGUAAAGGAUUUCAGCUUAUUUUAAAAGUUACAGGUCACAAAAUACAAGGAGUAAUAUAAAAUUUAAAUGUGAAAAUUUUUUAGAAGUUCGUAUGUUUGACUUGUAAGUUUAACAGCCGUCACAGAAAACAUUGCUACACAAAAGUAUAUAUUUAUAUAAAGUAGACAUCACAGGCUAUUUAUUUAAGGGUAUUUUGACACUUUUUAUGUAGCCAUUUUCCCACCAAUCUCUGCUACAUAUUGUAGUAAAAUUGUGUUUUUUUCUGUUUUUUGAAACACACACAUAUAACAAGGUUUUUAUAAAUGUGUAUUUUGUAAAGCUGGUGGUAUCCGAAAGCAGAAGUGACCUGUCUGAAUAUCUCUGCUGCUAGGCCCUGCUGAUGGCUCCCCACUGUGGCACUCAGUGAGCAGCACUGAAAUUAGCUGAAACUGAAAUGUAAGAAAAGUACAUUUCAGCUGAGGAUUUGCCUUUUUAAAAGGAUUAAUGCAUUGUGAGUAGCCAUUUGCAUUAAAUAAAUGCCCACUUUCUUAUACCAGGCCCUAGUCUUUCUCAUUAUUAGAUAUAGCUGCAGCAGUUGAUCAGACAGGUCAACUCCCCCCAUGUGUUUAUUGUAUUGCUUAAUGCAGACAGGCAGCUGUCUUGUUUCCUGUCUGCCACGGACUGCGACCCUGCGUGUGUGUUCACUGUGCAUGGUAGUCCGUAUGAACACAUCCUUUUUGUCUCUGUAUUUCAGAUUCAGCAGUUCGUCCUGGCAUAGAGCAGUCGUUUCCCCCUUUUUAAUUUUUGUCUCUGCCAGAGCCUGGGGGAAACCAGUGCGUGUCUUGCGGAUAGUGCUGCAGACCACAGUCUCAAAACAAUACAGCAUUUUUUGGAGGGGUAUGCUAUUGUAAUAAUUAUCAAGGUAGAGGUGGUACCCCUUGUUCAGUAGCGGGUUCAUUAGAUCCCAAACUAUUUUUCCGCUAGUCCCAACUAUAUCAGGGCAACCUGGGGGAUCCCGGUGGCUAUCUUUACCUUCAUAUACUCUGAAGGUAUAAACAUACCCACUGCUACUUUCACAUAACUUGUAUAGCUUGAUGCCAUACCGGGAUCUUUUAGAUAAAAAGAAAUAAUGGAAGUGCACUCAACCUUUCAUUUAGGAAUCUAGGGUGCUCCACUGGACAGGUCCCAGUACCAAUAUGGACCAAAUAUAAAGUUAUUAGUUGUAGGAAGUAAUCCAGACACUCCAACGAAUUCCAAAAAUAGGCAAUUUUAUUGGAACCAGAAGUUAAACAGCAACGUUUCAACUCCUCAGGGUCUUUAUCAAGCAUUGAUAAAGACCCUGAUAUUGAUAAAGACCCUGAGGGGUUGAAACGUUGCUGUGUAACUUCUGGUUCCCACAAAAUUGCCUAUUUUUCGAAUUCGUUGGAGUUCCUGGAUUACUUCCUACAACUAAUACUGGGAUCUUUUGGCUGGGAUGUAUUGCUUGAACCCCAGUCUACCCUUGUAUUUAAUUAGGGACUCGUCAAUACAUCUAUUCUUUUGGGGAGUAUAAAUUAUGCCAAAUUCGUUAUUAAAUGGUUAAUUAGGGUGCGGAUUUUAUAAAGUUUGUCAUACUGCAGAUGAUCUUUGGGGUGGCACUUCGAAUUAUCAUUGAAGUGCAGAAAACGCAGUACUGAUUCGUAUCUGGGCCUACUCAUGGUCUGAGAGAAAAUGGGAGUAUUGCAUACUGGGUUUUUUGACCAGUACAUUCGGAUGCUGGGCUUUUUUAUAAUUCCCAUUAGCAUGGUUAGUGUCACAGAACUGUUUUAACUCUGGCACACUGGUGGGGUACCAGCUCCCUUUUGUGGCAAAGUGACUUGCUGCAUUUUGUGCCAGAUACUGCGCUGCAUAAAUAUUUGUCUGUGUAACUAUCUGCCCUAAAAAAUUAUCCCCAAGGAACAGCUCCAUAAAAUCCAGGAGUCGCAUUGAACAGAGGGAUGUCGGGGACAAAAUUGUUAGGGGGCACCCAGAUAUAAGCGCCAGGAGCAGUGCCAGGGCUAUCGUCACUUUCUUCAUUUGUGUCUGGCACAUAGUCACGCUCUGCACUCUCUGAGGCAGUGUCGGUUGCCUCUGAGUCGGUUGCUAAUAUAUUAUAUGCCUCCUCGGCACUAAGCAUUCUAAGCAUGGUGAAAGCUUAAAAUUAACUUUAACUAAAUAACUUUUUGUUUUUAACUUUUUUUAUACUUUUUUUUUUUUUCCUGAACUUUUUUAAAUACUUUUUUUUUCACUUUUUUAAAACUCUUAAAAACUUUUUCUAAAACUUCUAAAAACUUCAAAAAAAUGAACCCCUGUGGGUAAAAACAGAAAUCAGAUCACUGCUAAACACAGUGCUUACACCUAGCAAAGCAGAAAUGCUUUGACUUAAAAUAAACUACUUUUAUUUCCUCUUUUUUAAUACUUUUUAUAAACUUUUAAUAACUUUCUAAAACUUUUCAGCUUCCUAGCUACACUAAUGCUAGAUUCCCCAAUUCCCCCUAGCUUCAAUCCACCCCAGCUAACUAAUUAACUGAAAAUAAUAGUAAAAAAGAAUUAAAUUAAAUAUAUUUAACCCCCGAGGGUUAAAAAAAAACAUGCCCGUAAAUCUUGGUUUGAGGUUCUUUAAAACUAAAUAUUUUAGCAUUAAAGAAUAGACCUACCUCUUCUUAAACCCUUAUGACAAGUGCAGUUCUGGUACUUAGAAGAGAAAGCCUCCUAGAAGACUGGUGGUGGUCAGAACACAGCACUUGUUAAUUGUGGCAGGCAAAUAUCCAUUCUGUGCCAAUAAUAGAUAUCAAUUGCUGUGGUCCCAGACCAGCAACAUCUUACCCAGCAUGUAACUGCCCCCUUUAAAAAAAAAAAAAAAAAAAAAAAAGGGUGGGCGAGUAGUGUUUGUUCCCCCUCUCAUUGAAACCGCAUCAAUAUGCAAAAGUUUCCCAUGUAAUAUAUGUAUUCUAAAAAAGCUGAGAAAAUGCUUGUUUAGCAUGAAACCUGGUAGAUCUGGGUCCAUUUGUUUUGUGCCUUUGCUUUUUGUCCCAAGCUUUUAAAUGGAACAGACAUUUUCACAGGCUGUGGUUUUACCAAUAGCAUUUGUUUGCCACUAUUUCUGGUUGUAUUGUAAGCACUCUUCCAAAAGCUGUUGUGAAGAAGCGGUACUUGGGCCCAGGAAACAGUGUACACUGCAGGAAAUAUUGCAAACUACAGUAGAGAUUUUUUUAUAAGCACAAGUGAAUUCUUCCCUUUGUACAACACAAUCUGUUUUCUUGGGAUUUUUGUCAUCUUUGAUCUGAUUUUGAACCCAAGGGCAUAUGUUGUUUUGAAGUGAGGUAUCUGUCAAAACUAGUGCUGUGAGAUCAGCGAAACGUGUCAGGCUUUUAAUAAAAUCACAAUGGCAUUUUAUUACCGUUUGUAAUAUUGCUGUUCGGAGGGAAUACCAGUUCCCCAGAUGCCGAGUUUGUCAUACUGAGCUAGGUGAAGCGUACCUGAGGAUGUAGAUUCCACAUCUCCCUUGUUUUGAUAUGGUUCUUUCAAUAUCCUACAUUUCACAGUAACGAUGCUCAACAUCCUCUGAAAAUUGGUUCAUGUGUAAUAUCUGGCAAAAGACUUAUGAACUAGUGAAUAUGGGUGGCACAUGGUGCAAUAGUAUGUAUAAGUAUUAAUUUUAAAGAUGUAUUUAUUUUUUGAUCAGGUUGUGUUGUUUUGUUUUGUUUAUUUAAUACAAAAACCCUAAAAUGUAGUAGCUGUAGUUGAUGCGUUUGGAACCUAGAGAACUUGCAGCUAUCUCAUAAAACUCUUUAUAUUGCAGGAGUCAUCGUACGCCACAACCAGACCUCUGGUUUCAUGCAUCAUAAGUUUGUGAUUAUGGAUAGGACAGUUGUUAUGACUGGUUCUCUCAACUGGACCAUGCAGGCUAUCCACACCAAUAAGGAAAAUGUCCUCAUUAGUGAUGACCAAACAUUCGUAAAGGCAUAUCUAGAAGAGUUUGAACGACUGUGGGAAGAGUAUGAUCCAGCUACAUACGAUUUCUUCCCUGAUAAAGACCAGAAGUGAUCUCUUACUUCAAAUUUCAAUAGUUUGUUUUACUCCUCUACUUUUGGAGAUGUGCACAUUACAGAAGAUUUCUGUGCAACAGUUGGAGUAUUUGUUCCUCAUCUUGCUAGUUGCAAAAUACUGUUUUACAGUAAUAAAAUGUUCCAUGUUUUGACUGUUGUGAAAUACACCAAAGAAAACUCUUGAAGUGACUGGCAUUAAUAAAUCAUUUAAUCGAAACUGCCACCGUAGGCUUGGGUACAAGAUGUAGAUGAAGUUAGACACCACAAAUACAAAAAUAUAUUUAAAAAAAAAUAUUGAUAUUAAGUAGAC